CCAACAUGGCUGCGCCCAGGGCAGGGCGGGCUGCCCCGAGCUGGGUGCUGGUGCUGGGCUUGGCGCUGGGCUCGGUGCCCGGGGCGGCUGCGACUGCGAGCGCCUCCUCCUCUUCCAGCGCGGCGGCCGCCAAGGGGACGUGCGGCUGCAGCUCGGGCCGGGGGAGCGGCGGGGAGGCGGCCCGGAGAUACUCCCCGGAGGCCAAUGCCCCAAGUCCGGCCGCGGGGCCCGUCACCCGCAAGGGGCCAGCAGCGCCCAGUCAGAUGGCCCUUAUUCCAACAGGAAUGUUCACAAUGGGUACCGAUGAACCUGAAAUACAGCAAGAUGGGGAAUGGCCUGCUAGAAAAGUCCAUGUUAGCCAGUUCUACAUGGAUCGGUACGAGGUCAGCAAUGUGGAGUUUGAGGAAUUUGUAAAUGCCACUGGCUAUGUUACAGAGGCGGAGAAAUUUGGAGACUCCUUUGUGUUUGAGGGUAUGUUGAGUGAACAAGUGAAGACUGAAAUCCAGCAAGCAGUUGCAGCUGCUCCCUGGUGGAUGCCUGUUAAAGGAGCUAAUUGGAGGCAACCUGAGGGACCAGAUUCUAAUAUCUCAAAGAGAAUGGAUCACCCAGUUCUUCAUGUCUCCUGGAAUGAUGCUGUAGCGUAUUGCACGUGGGCGGGAAAACGAUUACCCACAGAAGCUGAAUGGGAGUACAGCUGUCGAGGAGGCCUUGAGAAUAGACUUUUCCCAUGGGGCAAUAAGCUUCAGCCAAAAGGUCAGCACUAUGCCAAUAUCUGGCAGGGAGAGUUCCCGAUAAGCAAUACUGGAGAGGACGGAUAUAAAGGAACUGCACCAGUUACAGCAUUUCCUCCAAAUGGCUAUGGCUUAUACAACAUAGUGGGAAAUGCCUGGGAGUGGACAUCUGACUGGUGGGCUGUUCAUCAUUCUGCGGGUGAAACUCGCAACCCAAAAGGGCCCUCAUCAGGGACAGACAGAGUGAAGAAAGGUGGAUCCUAUAUGUGCCAUAAGUCCUAUUGCUACAGGUAUCGUUGUGCAGCCCGCAGUCAAAACACUCCUGAUAGUUCUGCUUCAAACCUGGGAUUCCGUUGUGCGGCAGACACUCUGCCAGCUUUACACUGACAGAACUACUUGUGCUCUGAAGCCACAGGGGACUAAAAAUUUCACUCCAGCAUGAGGAGUUUUGGGGAGCUCCAGCCUGCUGAGAUGUUCUGCAGUUACGAGUCUCUAGUUAGACAAAACAAGAUAUCCAGCUAAUUGAAAAAAGACAUCGUUGGAGAAAAUCGCCUUCCAAAAUAAGUCCAUGCCAGUUUAAUUCUAUAACCAAUCUUUGGAAAAGUUGGGUUGAAUUCCCAUAUCAACUGUGCAGGUGAAAACAUAGAGUUAAUGCUAUUGAUUUCAUUAGAAAUAUUUCAGAUUUACACCAGCAUAGGAACUAACCAGAACCUUCCUGACCGCAUUUUGAAAAGGAUAUUUUGUUUCAGAUACUAUUUUUAUCUCCUCUAGAGAAGAUGCUCUUCAGUACUGAGUAAGUAUUUGAUGAUGGAUUUACCUUAGUGAUCCAAAACCCUCAAGGAGGCUUUACAAACUUUGGGAGGAGUUAAAGAAAAUUUGAGCUUUUGUAGCAUGGUAUUUACUUAUUACAUCCUGAGUAAUAUAGGAAACAUAUUGUCAAUUAUAACUGAGGGUCAUGGACAGAAGAAAAACACUCCACAUUACCUAUUACCCUGUAUUGGCAAUUGGCUAUGCUUUUGUAGAUUUAGGCUACCUACAAAUGUGUAGGUAGCCUACAUUUGUAAAAAUGUAGUGUAGCUCUUAUACUGCAUUCCUUUUGCACGUGAACAUUGUGUUCAGAAAAGACCCUUGCCCACGUGAGUAGUAACUUUCUCCCUUUUUAGAAAAUGGCAGCUUUUCUUAGAAUAGGGAUGAUAGUCCCAUAAAGGAUUGAACAUUUAUUUCCUUUACACUGGAAACUUGUAGCGAUAGAAACACACCAGAGAUUUCCUUUAACGUCUAUCUAACAUUGUGUAGACUGAUUUGGGGGGCUUUAAGUUAUUUAUUCGAACUAGUGGUUUUAAAAUUUUCUUUGACGGUGAAUGGCUUUUCUUGUUUGAAAGCUUGCAUGAAAAGACAGGAAAUUUGAACUGAAUGGAAAGUUUCUCAUAGGCUUCAUUGGGAAAACCUUGAGGUUGUCCUUAAAUAAGUUUGAAAAUGUAUUGAAAACCUCAGUGAUAGGUAAAUGUAGUUGUGGCUGGUAAAUUAACUCAGUCAACUUGGGCUUUUCAUGUUAAAAUACACUUGAAUCUUUCUUCUCUAAUGUGCUUCACUCUUACCAGCACAGUGUGGUUGACUCUGGGGCCCAGCCCUAGGGGCAGAUGGAAAAGUUUCCAUGUCAACCACUUACUCUUUAUUCUAACUUUAAUCUAAUCAAUAAACUUUGUUUCUUAACUAUUAAGAAGAAGCUCAUAGCCUGAAAGUGCCAAUCCUUUAUGCAUGGGUUCUAUUCCCAGAUGUUCCCUGACUCAGUGAUCUAGGACAAGUCUUGUGCCUCAGUCUCCCCAUCUAUACAAAGGCACGUAAGCCUGAUUUCCCAUUUUAAAGUGCUUUGAGAUCUAUGAAUAAGAUGGGGUACGUGUGUUUUGUAAUAGCAAUAUUUUGUAUUCAUAUUGUUCUCUUGUUUCCAGCACUUCUUGCCUAUAAUUUUGAUAGGUAAGCGUUAAAAUACAAAGACAUUAGUUGCCAACUUCUGCCCUGGGAUGGUGAGUUUCCCACCAAAUGGAAAGCCCCUACAGAGGGGUAUUCCUAUGGGAGUGACCGUGCAAUUCACCCAUUGGCAUAGGACCCCUUUGGCAUAGGAACUAAAGUUACACUUACAUGACAGACUAAAAUUCAGUGAAAGCCAUUAAAAUAUAAACAUUUGCCAGUGCAAAAAGUGUUAAAACAUAUCAUGUAAUCAUAGGAAAAAGCUGUGGUAUCUAAAGCCACUGCUUGGGAAUUGUUGGGAAAGACUGACUGACCAGUUGUAUAUACUAAACACAAUGCUCACAAUAGUGCAUCCACUGAAACAAAUGGGAGAAAAAUGCUGUCCAUCUUAGUUUAAACUUCCUGCACUAUCAUAAGGACAUGUCUGCCUUUGUGGAAGGAAGUAUGUGAAAAUUUUUGUUUGAGGCAUUGUGAUUGUUGAACACCUGUUUGUUUAUAUAUAAUAUAAAAAAGUGUCUGGUUCUGAAGCUUUGAAAAAUCAUUGGAAUUUCUGUCUCUGAAUGGCAGCUUCAGAGUAAUGCUUGUUCAGAAGUGGGGCAUGUCAGUCAAGAUUUACUGUCCCGAGUUGCAAACUUCCUUAUGGUGGUCUUUCAUUCUGAUGGCUUAACUUGUUUGUUUCAUAUAAAGGCAUUAGCUUGAACUGUUCCCAUUUUUUUUACACUUUUACAGCAAUCGAUCAGCACUUUGAUAAAAUGAUUAAACUGAGCAUUCUGUAAA